UGGAGUCACGACCGACUUUAAAUAAAUGCUUUACUUUUGCCGACUCAUUUAGUUAUAUUGUACGAUAUAAAUAGUGUAAGGAUUAUGCUAGAGAAUUAUUUAUGAUGUAUUAUGGGUGCAACAUAUCAAGAUUCUACUAUUUAUUUUAUUAUUUUGGCGCGACUGGCUAACUAACUAGUGCUACACGACAGACCGUAAAGUUAAAAUCGGGGUCAUUUUUACGACUGCGACGUAAAGCCAUAGUCGUCAAGUUACGUUAGAAAGAAUCGACAAAUAAGGCUUGUGUAGCUUUGGUAAACUAACGGGGUUUUUAGUGGUUUCCCUCCCAUCUUCUCCAGUUCUGUUGUAAUAUUUAUAUACAAUAAUUAAAAUCGAGUAUUGCUGGGUGGAUAACUUGCAAAGAUGUCAACUGAAAGUCUUAUAGCUGAAUCUAGCUAGCUAACGAAAUGUGGGGGCUAACAGUAUUGUUAUAUUGUGCAGAUCAACGUCAUUGAAGGAUUAACGACUAGCCAGCAAUUCACCUGCAAUUCGGACAAUUUAGUAAACCACGUGAAUUAAACUAUAGCGUGGGUUGUGUGAGUUCCGUCCAUUUAAUUGAUCAAACUAAUUAACGUGCAAUGUCAGCUCAAAAAGACUGCGAGUUUUUGGUGAAAAGAGCCCAGGAAUUGGUCUCUGAUGAUCCAUGUGCAGCCAAAGCUUGGCUCAUAACAGCAAGAACCCUUUACCCAACAGAUUUCAACAUACAGUACGAAAUGUACAUCAUUGAACGCAACGCAGAAAAGACAGCCUCAGCAGGGAGACUUCUUUAUGACAUGUUUAUAAAUUUUCCAGAUCAGCCUAUUGUUUGGCGUGAGAUCAGUGUCAUAACAGCUGCCCUGCGCAGCGACUCUCAGGAUAAGCAUGCACAGUUUCUCAGAGGGCUUUUUGAGACACUGCCUGGUCGAGUGCAGUGUGAGAUGCUCUUGAAAGCUACAGAGCAAUGUUUCAACACUUUGGAGAAGGCAGAGAUGCUUUUGCUCCUUCUGAAGCGCUUUCCAGAGUCUGUGGUCCAGCAUGGUGUCAAUUUAGGAGAAACACUGUUGGAGGCAGAGGCGUCGGAAAAUGUGGAAACUCCUGUCAACUGCUUCAGAAAACUUUUUGUGUGUGAUGUCCUUCCUUUGGUCAUAAACAACAUGGACAUGCGCCUGCCAGCAAGCCUAAUGCAGAAAUAUAUGCUGAAAGCAGCUGAAUUCUACAUUGGUUAUGUUACCCGUGGACCAUCACCUGAAAUACAGAUGCAAGGCUCUCAAGAGGGUGGGACUCUGAAGUCGCCUGGUGUGUCUCGAGGCUCCCAGCGCUACGUGAUUGAUGGCCUAUCAGAAAAAUCCUCAUUGGUGGCGGAACCUUGGGAGAGGCUGCUUGAUAUCCUAGCUGUGGUUGGAGCACGCUGCGAGUGGCAGGGAGACAAGGGGCAGAGGAAUUAUGUGGACAUGUUGCAGAGGGUGAAGGAACUAUGUCGUUACCUGCCUGGUCUAGAAGGUGAUACCAGGUCUCGCUGCUGCAGUCAGGUGGUCAUCUGUGCUGCUCUUGUCCUCUUCCGCAGUGCCUUCCUCUAUGUCUCGGCUGUACAACCUGCGCUGUUCCAGGCGGUCAGUGCGAUGAGUUCUGGGCCGUGGAUCCUGGUAGAGGAUUUAAGUUCAGUGUACAGUGAUGUGGACAUGGAUAGAGGUCCAAUGAAACACGCACAUAAGAAACGUAAACUGGCUGAUGGGAGAGAGAAGACAAUGAGCUCAGAUGAUGAAGAGGGUCUGGGAAAAAACAGAGGUCGUCACAUUAUAGUUAAAAAGACUGAAAUGCCCGGCUGGUCAGAAACUCUUGAUAGCUUCCGCACAGCAAGAGAAAGCUGGGAUCUACUGCAUUCCCAUGAGAGCCUGGAAACUGAGUUUAAGAAGAUCUGUGCUGCAUGGAAAACGGAUAGUUGGCUGUGGUUCAGAAUAUUCCUCACCGAUAUGAUUAUAUACCAGGGACAGUAUCGUAAAGCUCUCUCCAGCCUGCAUCAGAUGGCUGCAGUUCAGCAGCCUCAGUCGGGACAGCAGAGCCCAUCAGGUCAGACCAGUCUGGAGCACCACAGGGCCCUCAUACAACAGGCAUCCUGCCACUACGCACUGGGAGAGUACCGGAUGGCCUGUGAAAAGCUGCUUGAUGUUGUUAGCGGACUGGUUCCCCCAAACCUAGAACCAGCAAAGGCUCCAGAAGAUCAGGGUAAAAUCAAAACUAAAACUAGAAAAGGUAAUGACCUCAGAUUGCUUCCUUGCACCAACAGAGCUGUGUUACCUUUCUGUCUCCAGCUGAUGCUUGCUUGCUUCAAGCUUCGAGCCUUUGCAGACAAUCGUGACGACCUGUCCCUCGGUCAUGUGGUGGUGCUCCUGCAGCACGACUGGCCACAAGGUGAAAUGCUGUUUCUAAAAGCAGUGGAUAAAAUCUGCCAGCAAGGCAGUUUCCAGUACGAGAACUUCUUCAACUAUGUUACAAAUAUUGACAUGUUGGAGGAGUUUGCUUAUCUGCGGACUCCAGAAGGAGGGAGGAUUCAGCUGGAGCUGCUGCCCAAUCAGGGAAUGCUGAUUAAGAACCCUAGCCCCGCCCUGGGGGUGGAGUUAAAUACCCUUCUGCUACAAGGGGUGCAGACGAUGGACAGACAUCACACGGUGACUCGAGGAAUCACCAAAGGAGUAAAAGAGGAUUUUCGUCUGGCCAUGGAGAGGCAGGUGUCGCGUUGUGGAGAAAACCUGCUUAAUGUGCUCCAUCGCUUCUGCAUUAAUGAGAAAAUAAUCAUCAUCCAGUCUCUUCCUUGACACCUGGCCUGGGGCUUUUCACCCUUUUACUGGCACAGUUGUAAGGCAGUUGGACAGACUUUUUUGACUUCAAGUACUGAACACUUUUCACAACAUUUAUGAUGAGAGAACGACUUUAACAUCCAUCAUCAAACACUUAAGAAAAGGAAUCUGUUUGCCUUAAAAGUGGACCUUUUAGACUCUCUUUUCAGAGAGCUUGGAACAACCCUGGAUGUGCAGCACUGCUGUCAUUUUCACUGUAUAUGUGUGGCUUUUUUCCUUAUGACAACGAUGUUGUUACAGUUGUGUGCUUACGCACAACAAUUUGUAUUGUGAUGUUUAGUGGGACCCAGUAUUGACAAAAGGACAAAAUACACUUUUUAGACUGUUUGCAGAAAAAAAGAUGGUGUGUUUCCAUUUAAUUUCACCUGAAGGGUUAAAUGGUUGACAUUUUAUAUCAUGAAAGAAUAUAAUUGCCAUCCACUCGUACAAAGAAAGUAGAAAUCAGUUGCUCUGGCUCAAAAAGGUUAUCUCAUGCUAAAGAAGCAGACAAGAAAAUCUACAUAUUUUAAAAGUC